UCUCCUGAAGAAGAAUUGCACUCCAUAAAUAAGGUGAAUCGGUUAAAAUUGAUUCCUCUAAGAAUUUGAACGCCACGGCUUCUAUUCCUGAAAUUGGUAACUUGAUUCACUCCCUAUUGUAUUCUUCUUGAUUUCAUUUUACAGUUGGUAAAAAUGGCAGGUUCAGCGAUUUUCGAAGCUGUGGCUAAAGGAGACCUUAAACAACUCAAGGGUGAAAUCUUGUUUCUUGAUUUCCAAUUAUUGUAAUGUCGGAUUCUAGUAAUACUUUUAAUUUCGCAGCAAUUAGUAAAAAGGUUGAUGACAAGUUGGAGCUGCGGAAAAUUUGCGAUGAAUACUACGAUUUCUCCACUGGCCGGAAUGUGUUGCAUCACGCGGCUGGAAUCGGACAUUUUGAUAUUUGCAAAUUCUUGAUAGAGGGCGUCCAAGUUUAUAUAAAUUCCUUUACUUUCAAGAAAGCUGUGAAAGGGGGACACACCAAAACUGUGAAGUUUUUCAUCAAACAUCAUGGUGUAACUGAUUGAGGGAUUCACUCCAUUGCACUAUGCAGUUCUAAAAGAUAAUAUCGAGCUUGUGCAAUUGUUGCUGAUGCAAGGUGGUUUGGUAGAUCGAGAUUCUGUAGAUGGAACACCUUUACAGAUUGCUGUUUCUCGUGGAAAUGUUGAGGCUGUCAAGUGUCUCCUAUCUCAUGGCGCAAACCCGUCUUAUUAUGAUGCAAUUGCGGACACCCCUCUUUUAUGUGCACUCAUUUGAAUGCCUCAAUGUGCUGCUGCUUGAGUUUCUCUUGGCAGGCUGGUGCGGACCCAAAUUCGCAUUACACCGCGUUAAGUCCUUUGGGAUUUGCUGCAAAACAAGAUGACACAAAAUUUGUUAAGUGUUAAAGCAAAUCCAGAUUCAUUUCAAGCAGAUUUUACUAAACCAAUUCAGGAUGCUGCGUAAUCGUGCUGCUGUGGAGAUUUUGUUUCCAGUGACUGAACAAAUUGCACAUUAUCCAAAUUGGACAGUUGAUGGCAUAAUCGAGUACACUCAUUCUGAAGAAUUUAAAACAAAGAUGGAGAAGAAAAUGACAAUCUGCUUGGCAGAAGUAGACAUCAGAGGGAAGCAAUAUGCGAGCAAUAAGGAAUACAGCGAUUCCAUCAUAAACUAUAGAAUGGUAUUAAAGCUAAGCACGUGUGAAGCGCGCAUGGGUCAAUGCAAUCGUGCUAUGUUUAAUGUUCAGAAAUGCAUUAGACUCAAGCCAGACUUGGCCGUCCCUUACCAUGAAUUCGAAGGAGAAAUUGUUUAUGAGAUAGUCAAGAAAUUCCUCAUGGCAUGCCUUGCCUUGCCUUUUCCUUGGAUCCUCACAACAGGAAAACCGGUGAUGCAUUUGGAGUUCAGUGGCGUAUCCAGGAUUUUCGAUAUGGGGGUUCAAAAAAAUUACUGAUUUAAAAUUUCACAAUGUGACUAAUCAAUUUUGUUUUCUUUGUUAUGUUUUCUUAAUUGUUCUAAUAUUUAAAAUGAAAUAUGUCUUUAUUUUUUACCAAAAAACUUCAUUUUAAAUAAAUAAAAAAUUAUUUUAUAGUGUCA